AUGGCAAAGAAUCCAUGUAUCUUUUUUGUGCCAUUUCUUGCAGGUAAGGAUUUUGACUAUAUAUGCAUAAUUUUAUAAGAUAUCAUAUAUCUGUAUGCUGUACUGAACGUCUUAAAUGAUAUUUUAAAAAAAGUAGAAACAUAAAUUUGACGUAAAUUUGUUGCAUAGCAAAGUAAGAGUUUUCUAGAGGCAUGCGUGAUAAAUCUAUAGCUAAUAAAUGAGACAAACCUUUUGUCCUGUUACUAAGGCACCAUGAAUGUAUAAAGCAAUAAAUAUAUAUUUAAUUAUUAUUUUUCGAUCAUAUAAUAAUGAUGCUUCAUUUUAAUUUUUAUAGCGUUUUGUUGUCUACAGUCAAGCUCAAAUGCGCAAACAGUACAGACAAGCUCUGAGGUAUGAAUUAAGUCUGCAUGUAUUCUAUUCCAGACGUGUCUUACUGCAACGUAUAGCGUAUUGUUUCCUGUGUGUACACCUAAUAACUUCGACACAAACAAAAACGCUAUGGCACUAGCUGCACUACAUUGCGUUUAGCUUGGACUGAAAAACACGCUUUAAAUGAUAACAAAUUCUUAAAUGAUCCAUGCAGAUUUGUACACUUUGCAAAACAAAACGCUUUGAAUUCAGCAAAAUUUACUAUAUCCUCUACAUCCGUAUUUCCAUCAGAUUAUAUUCUUACCUUAACAAAAUUUCCAAUAAAUAAUUUUUUUUAUUUCUCAAGGUUACUGCCUUACUCAAUUCCUAUUCCAAACCCCUAAACCUAACAAUGGGAAGAGAAUUUUUGGCGAAAGUUCACGAGUCUGAACUUGGACUCUGCCUAAACCUCAACGAAACAGAGUACAAGACCUCUACAGCAAACACUUCAUUGGCUUCACUACAUGUCAGAGUUACAAACUAUAGCAGUUUAAAGAACAGUGUGCUCCAAUUUCCUUGCUUACAUUGUCCUAACCUCACAAGUACCUCGCCCAAUGCAAAAUUUGUGCUGAACAACAAGACGGUCGAGAAUAUGACAUGUUUGGCUGGAUCACGUUUUGCUGACGAUUUCCAAGUAACGCAGCAAAACCCAUUCAGAUUGUCUGAUGUGCUGUCUUUGUCUAUCAUUGAUGGGGACAUGAGUUUUGUCAAUUUUAGCCAAGGCGAAGCAGUUCAUUUGCAGAUGCCUUUAGUGAGGUUACCAAAUACUUCCCGUCCUUAUACGUUGAGUGUAAGUGGAUACUAGUGUUUUACUUUUGUUAUAGACGUAUGGUCAACGUCAGAAAUGUUGGUACUAUAGGAACAACACAAUUUGUCUCUUAAUUCUAUUCUUGCUUUCAAAUACAAGGCAACCAUAUCAGUAGCCUUCAUGAUACACUGAAAAUGUGAAAUCCAUACUAUGAGAUUUGCAAUUGCACCACUAAAUCCAUAGUAUAUCCAUACUAUUUCAAUACUAUAUCCAUAGCAUGGAAAUAUACAAUCAUUAUGGAUAAUCAAAAAUCCAUUCUAUUUCCAAUGAAGGUCCAUACAAUUUCCAUUCUAUGGAUUUUCAAAAUUUUUCCAGUGAUAGAUGGUCAGCCCGCCAUAUAAGAAUUAACAUUCUCUCUGAUAACUGCAGCCUGUAUGUUGACCACCAUCUGCUGCAUGAUAGUGGUUUGUGAAACCCACCUACAUACCUGCAUGUGAUGUAAAGUGCACACGUAAAACGCACAAGUUAUAGCAAUCUGCAGCAGACUUAUUGCAAUGCUGUUCGAACAACUUAUCAAACAGGAUGUGUCCCCACUGCUUGUUCCUAGUGUGUUGACAACAACUUGUUGAGAACUUGCUACAAGGUUGGUGAGCUCAACAAACUUCCAACAACUUGUUAUCGUCCUGCAAUUCAACAAUUUGUUGAAUUGCAGGACCAUAACAAGUUGUUUGAACAAUUUGUCAACAAGUUGUGAAUGACAAUUUUGUAACACGUUUCAAUUGAUCCAAUAUCUAUCUUUAAUUGUUCUAGUGUGUUACCCGAUCACUCCAUACUUCACAAUGGUCAAUUUCAUCUUGUACAACCAACCAAAUUCUCAAACAGGAUAACCAAACGUCUUUUGUUCAAUGCAACUGCUCGGCUCUUGGUUACUACACAGUGUAUGUCCACUAUAAUGAUUCUUCUGAUUAUAAUGGUUCUUCACCUUGGAACUGGAAUUAUGGCGGUAAUGAAACGUCUUCUAUGCUAUUUUAGUCUGGUUUAUCUAUACACCACACAAAUCCCUGAUUAAUGGCUCAGAAAUAACGUGCUCAUGCGCACAGUGACUCCAAAUUUCGGAGUAAAAUUACCCAAAUUUAUGAACAGUAAAUUUCACUUUACUAAAAAAACUGAGUGAAUUUGCUCAUAUAAAUUUGAGUAAUUUUACUCUACAUUUUGAGUCCGUGUGGGUAUAUUGUUUCACUCAAGUUUUCCAGUCAAAUUGUUUGGCAGUGUACGCAGCCCUGUCAAGCUUACUGAAAUCCAGAGCCUUCGCUCGAAACUUGACUUUUUCAGAUAGUUUCAUCCCUAUCUACCAAGUUUUGUCAUGGUUGUUUUAUUCAGCUCAAAACUGUUGUCUUUUGUCGUAGGUGGAAAUGUUGGAGGAAAUCCUGGCGGCGGUGGCGGUGUUUAUCCUACUCCAUACACUGGUUCCCUUGCGCAUCUUUCGCUCAGCAUCGACGCAGAUUGUACGAUUCUUUCCAACGCAACAACCAAAGCUGACUUUCUUAACUCGACCAGAUACAGCAUUGUACUUGCUUUGAACAUCAGUGUGGACCACAUCAUCAACAUGGUGGCCAACUGUGGGAGUAUCGUCGUCAACUUUACUCUGCUCUCUCCUGACGGAACAAACGGAACAUUGAAUGCUGAACUUUUAGAAUUCUCGGAUUUGAUCAGAUCAGAUUCAUUUAAAGUUCCAGUAGAGAACAACUUAGUGUAUCCACUGACAUUGGGAAUCAGCGCUAACUAUAACCUGACGAUCCCGACAAGUAUUGUCUCACUAUACUACAUCCGGAAAACGGCGACUACACCGCCUGUGACAACUGAAGAGAUUCAGUCAUUGACCAUAGAUUAUACGCCAUUUAUGGCUGCUGUUGCAGCCAUACUUCUUGUGGUCGUCACUUGUAUCUGUGGAACAUGUUGUGCUCACUCGUGGUAUUUGAGAAAGAAGAAAUACACGCAGUUUAAUAGUAAUAAAGUGAAACCAAAGAUAGAAGAGCCAGUGGUCGAAGAGGAAGAAGAAGGUUUGUCGUAACUUUUAUGUUGAAGCUCAUUGAAAGCUGGUAUAAUUUUGGACGGUCUCUGCCAGUGUAGGUAGUGGCUUUCUUGAAGGUAGUGUCUUAAACUAACUUCCCGACGAAGGUCCUUCGCUCGAAAUCUCGAAGUUCUCCUUGUAUUUUUCAGGUAGUUGUAUCGAAGCUUUCUUAUUAUUGCCACUACAGUAAAGCCACGUAUAGAAGAACCAGUAGGUUAAGAACCACUAGCCAACCACUAGCCUGAAAUUUGGGCAUUAAGCACCAAGAAUACAAGUUUUUAAUUUUUUUUUUAAAUUUAGAUAUAUGUAACGAGAACCAUAUUAGUGUCAUAGCAAUAGUUUUAUGCAACAACAGUCCCUAUUAAUGUGUGGAAUAGAAAAAAGUAUAGUGUGAAGUAAGAUUAUAUAAGAACCACUUCAGCCUGAAGUCAAAAUUCACUGGUGAGGUGGCGGGGUUUACUGUAUCUACACUUACACAAACCGUUCUUAGUAAAACUUGAAAUGUAUUUUAUUCCUUAACCUAAAUUUUACAUUAUUAAAACUUCUAUAAUUUCCUUGUCCGUCUUCGUCGUGAGGAUAGAUAUAACGUGAAAAAUUUUUCUUUUUAACAGAAGUUACCCCGCCCGAGUUCCCCAUGACCUUUACGGAACGACAGGAAGUUGACGAACGCAAAAUGUCUAAAUAUGAUUGGGCAAGAACUUCGUUCGCGCAGGAACAAAACGAUACCAGUGCCUUUCUUACUAGCGCGGCUGCCGUGGGGCCUAGGCUGAUUAUGGACUGUGAUUCUGACGAUGAAUCCGAGAGCCCGCUCCCCCCUGGAGAUGUGGCGAUUAAUAUGGAGGAGAUCAGUGAAGAGUCCGAAUCAUCCGGGGAGGGGUCCGGGGAGAGUACAUCUGAAGAAGAUGAGGAGGAGUAUGAUCCAAGGAAUUAUGAAUGCGAGGAUAAUUUCGUGGAGAGUGAAGCUCAAUCUCGUGCUAGUCUCCCACCGGCUGAGGACGGGAUCGAACAGGAAGGCGGAGAGCAUGAAAACGAGGUUUGUCGUAUAGGCUUCACUAUGGGCCCUUUUUAUAACGCUUAGCAUAACAUUAGUGCCAUCCAGUCGUGAUUCAGUGAAUGGAAUGUCCCAUUGUCUUUUCAUUGUUUUGAAAUUCUCACUGUUCUCCAUGCCAUCCAGUCACGAUUCAGUGAAUAGAAUGUCGCAUUAACGUCUGCAUUAUUUGAUAUAGGAGAGCCGAGAGGACGAGGGGGAAAACAAUGAAGCCGAGGACAAACAAACAGAGGGAGGACAAACGAAUGAGGAUGAUCAAGACACUGAUGACAGACGAAAUGAAGAGGAAAAUCAAAAUCCUGACAAUGACGUCAGACAAGAUGAUGACGUCAGAGGUGAUGAUGUCAGAGAUGGCGACGACACACAAGCUGGUGACGUCACAAAGGAUGACGUCACACAGGACGAUAAUGAGGAUAAUGAUGGGAUACCUGAGGGUAGUCCACCACGUGCUCCAUCACGUGAUGAAGGUGCAUCGUCGAGAGUGAAUGGAGUGAUGAGCAGGAAUGGAGGCAUGCCAGAACCGUGCAUGUAAAACCACAGAGAGCCCACCCCGGGUUUUUAUAGUUCAGUGUUCAUAUGCAGGCCUGCUCUUCAACACUGAGCUAUACUAUAUUUAAAUAUGAAAUGCUGUAAUAAGACCCGGGUUGGACUCCUUGUGGUAAAUCUUGGUAUUCCAAGUUUUCAUGGCAAAACAAAAGUUGAUUUUUGUGGUCCGAUCUUUACACUGUGCACGUUAAUUUUAUAGCACUUUGGAGACAUUCCCAGCAAGCACGUUUUAAAUUAUUUAAAUCUAUAUUACUCUCAUUAUGUGGAGCUUACAUUCACGAGUUCAGAAAAACGUCGACAAAAAAGCAUCGUAAAAUGCAGGAGAUAGGUUUAUGAGAUAAACUUGUUAAACCUAGGCAAUACCGAAGUGUCGUAAAUUACGAACAGUCUUUGAGAAUAUAAAGUGAUUUUACACAGAGAUCGAUGUUUGCAUCGAAUAAUCGCGCCAAUGUGUUGAUUGACAAUAUGUUCAAUAUUUUCAAGAAAUGGAUACAUAAUUGAUCUUAAGUAAACUUUAAUAUUCCUUCAUAAAAUAUUCAUGACUACUAAAUUAUGUGCAAACAAAAUAGACAGAAAACAUGUGUAAUUAUAAAAUAAAAGCAUAUAUACU